AUGGCACAUUUACAAUAUAUGCCGGGUGACCCUCGUUUAGUCGAUCAAUUAGUUUAUGAAUUAAAAUCCAAAGGAAUUUUUGAUCAGUUUCGUAAAGAUUGCAUAGCAGAUGUUGACACAAGACCUGCUUAUCAAAACCUCCGGCAAAGGGUAGAAAAUUCAGUUUCAACAUUUCUAUCAAGACAAACAUGGCAGCCAGACUUAAAUAAGAAUCAGUUAAGAGAAAAGCUCAGGAAGCAUAUUUUAGAUGGCAAUUACUUAGAGCAAGGCGUAGAAAGAAUAGUAGACCAAGUGGUUAAUCCAAAAGUGGCAUCUGUCUUUAUACCUAAAGUUGAAGAUUUAGUAUACAAUUACUUGGGAAUUGCUAGAAAAAAAUCAGUUACCGCAGACACUUCAAAUGGCAAAGUUGAUGAUUUAUUGCCAACUGAUCUUGAAGCAGUAAGCCCAGGAUCUGUUAAGAGUAAUGAUGACAAAAAUGAUGAAAUGGAAAUUGACAAUAUUCAAGAAGAAAGCAAAAUGGACAUUGAUGAAGAAAAAUCUAAAAGUGAAAUUAAAGAAGAUACUACAGAAUAUAAUAAAGAAGAAAAAACUGAAGAUAUCCAACUUCCUAACAGCAAUUCAAAUUCUGAUGAUAAAAGUAAUAUACCUUUACCCUCCGAGGAGAUAAAGCCCGAAAAUAUUCCUUCACCUGACAACAGUCCACCCAAAGUUGAAUUAGAGAAAAUUGAAUUACCCAAGGAACUAAUAAUAUCCACAGAUAUACCAUUACCAGAAGAUAUUAAUAAGGAAGAGAACGAUAAAUUCUUCAAACCUAUAAACAGUGACGAUGACGACUCAAGCUCUGAUUCUUCACUUAGGAGAAAUAUGUCUCCUCUAACGCCAAUAAGAAAUUUCAAUAAUGAAAAUUCAUGUGACGCUCAACAAGGUUUCGAAAAUGAUGUAGAACGUAAAGAGGACGACGAAAAAGAGCCAAGUUCAUUCAAAUUUGCAAUUGAUGCUAAAUCCGAAAAUAAUACAGAAGUUGUCAAAGAAGAGAAAAAAGAAACAGAAGCUAAUCUAUCUUAUCAAUUUAAUAAUCAAGUUAAUAUAAACAACUUCAACACUCCUCUCUAUGAAGAUAGUUCUAAUAGCAACAACUUGCAAAUUGAUUACGAAAGCGAUGCAAAUAGUAAAGUCGUUGCUGACGCUAAAGUGACGGAAAGUGAGUCAAAUCAGAAUUCAGAAGAAUUUAAAAAAGAACGAAAGCCAGAAGAGAAGAAGAGUAAUCACAAAAGCUCACACCGUUCUAGAGAUUCUCACAAGCAUUCAAGCAGUAAAGAUAAAAGGUCAGAUUCGAAGCAGUCAAGUUCUAGAGACAGUAAACACGACAAAAGUAGAUCUUCGAAAGAUGAAAGCAAAUCUAAAUCGAGUGAUAAAGACAGAUCUAGAGAUAGAAGUGAUAAAAAAGAUAGUAGAGAUUCAUCGCGCCAUAGAAGUUCUCAUAAAUCAAGUCACAAAGAUUCAAAAUCACACAGAAGCUCUAGUUCAAGUCACAGACAUUCAAGCAAACAUUCAGAUGAAAAGAAAUCAUCAUCGUCCUCAAGUCAAAAAGAUAAAGAUAAAUCCGAUAAGAGUAUGGAUAAACCGAAAGAUUCCAAGUCAACUUCGCAUCGGUCAGACAAAGAUAGAAAAAGUAGCAGCAGUAGUAGCAAAAGUGACAAAAAUAGCAAACACAAAAAUGAUGGUAAAGAUAAAAAUAAAAAGACUAAAAAAGAAACAGAUGAUCAUUACAGCCUGUCCGGUAGAAACAAUCCUAAUAGGCGUUCUACCGACAGAGAUUCGAAUGAUGGUAGUUCUUCUUCGAAAGGUUCAAAUCAUCCAUCAAGUUCUAAGUCUUCAGUGAGUAAAAAAGAAAGUAAAAGCAGUUCCAAAUCUGAAAGUACGUCAACUAGCGGUGACUCGACCAGUCCCAGUGAUAAAGAAAACAUAGUCCAGGAUCAUGGUACCAAAGCCAAUGAUACUCAGAAUAAACCAGUUAGAAUCGAAAGUCAUUUAGAACUGCCCGUAGCAUCUCCCCCGAGGUUACCAUUCGUUCCAGACGUCACGAUAAAGAAACCUAAAUUCGCAGCGAAUUUGGAAGAGGCGAAGCGUCUGAUGAAAAUGCGAAAGUUUUUAGACGAAGAACAAAAGAGAAUGAAUCAAGAAGCAGUAUUGCUAUUAGAAUUUCAAGCUAAUGUGCGACCAAGUUUAAGUCAAGUUUAUUCUAAUAUAUCAGGGCCAGAGCUAGAAUUUGCUUGUGUAACAAAUACUGGGCAAGAUCAAGAGUUAAUGGUACAUAAUAAUGAUAAUAUUUCAAACCGAGAAUAUGUUCAAGAAACGCAUUAUACAAAUAAUCAGCUUUUAAAUGUCUUAAACGACGCUACAAUAGAAGUAGAAAGAAAUCAUCAACAAAUGACUCAAAAAGAACCUGAUAAAAUAUCAAAUAUAAAUGAAAUAGACAAUGAAAAUGAUGAAAGUUUUAAUGCUAUUGAGAACAAUAAAAUUCAAGCCAAUAUAGAUACUGCUAAAGAAACUGAAAAUAUACACGAAAAUAACAAUGACGUUAAAAAUUCUAAUGAACGUAUUGAAAUAAAAACUGAAUUUGAAAUUACCAUCGUCGCUGAGGAACUGUCUGAAAAUGAAGAACCACUUAACGACAAUGUCAAAUCCAAAAUAAAGUUAGAUGAUAAGAAAAACAAGUCUAACAAGACAGAAUAUUAUAUAAAUGGAGAAGUUAAAAUGCAUUAUUUUGCAGAACACGAAAAAUAUAACGCGGAAAUAGAAACAGCUAAGUUUAAUAACUUUCUAAAAGAAUAUACGAAAACACCAAGCAAAUUGUAUCUUAUAAAUUGCGAUUCUUAUGUAGAAAAUUUAAUACGCAAUGAAUCAAAAAAGAUCGGCAACUUUGAAAUUGUGAGUUAUCAGAAGAAUGGCCAUUUGAAACUGCCAAAAAUUAAAAAUGUCAUUAAAAAUGUUAAUAUUUCAACAGAAAUAUCUCUACCCAUAGACAAUGAUUAUGACGAAAGUCUAAAAUCUAGUAUUUUCACUCCAGAUAAAUCUGAAUGUUCAUUUGAAUUAAGCGAUUAUGACGCAAAAUUAGAAGAAAUGGUCAAUAAAACAUCCAGACAAGAAAUUAUGGAAAUUAUACUUGGCAAUGCUAAUACAUCGCCAAGUAAAAUGCCAACAAUCGAUUAUUUCACAGACUCCAAAAUCGAUAACGAUAUUGAUAACAAUUUAAAAAGAAAAAUGAAUGAUGAAAGUAAUAAUAUUUUAAAUAAUAAUAGACAUGUUUUGACUCCUAAUAAGAUUAGAAAAUUAAGCACAGAACAGAUAACUUCUACGACUCAAGAAAAUGAAGAAAUACCUAAUAAAUUGAAUAAUACUAGAUCGAAGUAUUUGGGAAAAGCUAAAAGGGUUGGACUUCCCAGACCAAAACGAACUGUUCUACCAAACAGUCCAUCCAGUGAUAAAUCAGUGGAAAACUACGAACAAAAUACAGCGCAAACACCCAACGGCAAAAUCAAACGCAGCAAAAUACAGAGAUAUGAUACAUCUGAUCUCUAUAAACCAAAAUUGCACUUUCUGUCACGAAGAAAUCCUGUCACU